GUGUCGAAGACGUACGUAUCUAUGAAGUUUGAACAUAAAUCUUUACUUACUUGCGUAUCAAUAAAAAUAAUUACAAUCUGAUAUUAACGUUCUACCUCCCCCGAGAUCACCAGCUCUUCCCUAGUGCUACCUGAAUUGCUCGCCGGCAAAGGUAGGGCAUAAUUUCGGACAAUUCAGGUUGACAGGAUAAUAAAUCAAAGAUUAGAAGAUGGGUAAAAGAGGUAGAGCAGCAGUUGUAGUAUUAGGGGAUAUAGGUCGGAGUCCAAGAAUGCAAUAUCAUGCCCUUUCACUUGCUACCCAGGCAUCUCUGAAGGUAGACAUUGUUGCAUAUGGAGGUUCUGAUCCACAUGCCGCUAUUCUGAAGCAUCCUUCCAUUUGUAUCUACAAAAUGGCACAAUGGCCUAGAUUAAUGCAAAAACUACCGUGGCUACUUCGAUAUAUAGUACUUCUGCUCAAGCCACUAUUUCAGUUCCUUGUACUCCUUUGGCAUCUUUGUGUCAAAAUUCCAGCUCCAGAUGUUUUCUUAGUUCAGAAUCCACCGUCUGUACCAACCUUGGUGGCUGUAAAGUGGGCAAGCUGGAUCAGGCAUUCAGCAUUCAUAGUGGAUUGGCAUAAUUUUGGAUAUACGCUACUGGGGCUGUCUCUUGGUAGAGGAAGCCGCUUUGUGGCAGUAUACCGUUGGUUUGAGAAGCAUUAUGGACAGCUGGCAGAUGGCUCUCUUUGUGUGACAAAGGCCAUGCAGCAUGAAUUAGCUCAGAACUGGGGAACUAGAGCCACCGUGCUGUAUGAUCAGCCUCCGGAAUUUUUUCAUCCUGCUUCAAUGGAGGAGAAACAUAGGCUGUUUCUUAAAUUGAACAAAGAGCUUAGACACUCUGAGGGAAUUGGAGAUUGUAUCAGUCAUGGAAGCAAACAUAUGAGGACAGAUGACCCAAACGAUAGUCUAAUUACUACCAUUUCUGAAGAUGGUGUCAUUGCAAAGUCAAUCAGGCCAGCACUUGUUGUUAGUAGUACAAGCUGGACACCAGAUGAAGAUUUUGGUAUCCUUUUGGAGGCGGCAGUCAUGUAUGACAGACGUGUGGCAGCAAUCUUAAAUGAGGAUGAUUCUGUCAAGGAAGAGGUCCUUUGGGAUGAAAUGAACAAUGGGAAACAGAACAUAUAUCCUAGGUUGUUAUUUGUAAUAACAGGAAAAGGCCCUGAAAAAGAAAAAUAUGAACAAAAAAUUAAGAACUUACAUCUCAAGCGUGUGGCUUUCCGAACAAUGUGGCUGUCAGCUGAAGAUUAUCCCUCCCUUCUUGGGUCAGCUGACCUGGGGGUUUGUCUGCAUACUUCCUCAUCUGGAUUGGAUCUUCCAAUGAAGGUUGUUGACAUGUUUGGUUGUGGCUUACCAGUUUGUGCUGCAUCUUACUCAUGUAUUGAGGAGCUUGUCAAAGUUGAAAGGAAUGGUCUUCUUUUCUCAUCCUCUUCAGAACUUGCAGAUCAGCUCUUGAUGCUUUUCAAGGGUUUCCCUAAUGCAUGCAAUGUGCUCGCAUCACUGAGAAAUGGCACACUAGAAGAAAGGUCUUCAGCUGCUUGGGCUACUGAGUGGGAGGAGCAUGCCAAACCAUUAGUAUUAGAGGUUAUAUCUCGGAAUUCUAGUUGAUCUUCAUAUUCUCUGAUUUGGCCUGGUAGUUAUCUGUGUCUAAUCAUACAAUGGUAUUCUUGCUAGCAGGCUACAUUUUUUUUUCUCUUAAUGGAUUUGUACAAACAAAGUUGCAAUAGUUACCAAUCAUGACCAUCGUAUGAAAGGUUAAUCAUCUAUUAUGCUGUAAAAAUAGUAUUAUUGCUUUAAAGCAGUUUUGUAUCCCCUUCAGAUGACACCAAAUUUUGAUGAGACUUUUGGUUUAGUAAAGCUUCUAACCAACA